UAGAUUGUACACACUGUAAAGGAAGACCUGAGUGGAUAUAAAUGUUACAAGGAAUCACAGAGGAAUAACUUCCCGCUCCAUCUUUACAAAAGGAAAUACCUGCUUUUAGGCUCAAUUACAAAUCACCGGGAUUAAGCGACAUCAUAUUGUAGCUGAACCAUGCCUGUGUCUAGGAUGAGAAUGAGGCCUUGGCUGGAGGAUAAGAUUGAGUCCAACUCCAUCAGUGGAUUGGUGUGGGUGGACAAGGACAAGAAGAUAUUCUCCAUCCCAUGGAAGCAUGCUGCACGUCAUGGAUGGGACCUGAACAAGGAUGCCUGUCUAUUCAAGCAAUGGGCCAUGCACACAGGGAAAUUCAUACAAGGCGAGACUACACCAGACCCUAAGACAUGGAAGGCUAAUUUCCGCUGUGCAAUGAACUCCCUUCCUGACAUCAAGGAGGUGAAAGACAAGAGCAUCAACAGAGGGUCAGGAGCGGUGCGCGUUUACAAAAUGCUGAGCGUCAGCACAAAGCCAAAUAACAAGAGGUCAAAAGCAAAGGAUGCAAAGAAAAAUGACAAGGGGUUAAAGAUCAAGACAGAGGAAAUGGACAACAGUGCAACCCACUGCCUCGAGGAUCGCAACACCAACACACACCUGCAGGAGGACAGAAAGAUACAGGAGAACAAAGUCGACAGCUCAGACAACCUAGGGGAGACCAUCACAGCAGCGUCAUAUCUUGAUGGCUCUGUCAAUGACCCUGAUGUUCCAGACUUUAUCACCUCUGUGGAAAUAGGACCAGACAGCAUCAACUACUACUCGUCUUUCCAAGUGUCACCGGAUCACUCCACAGACUAUGAAGAUUUGAACGAAGAAACACUUAUUGAGAUUGCACAGCAUUGGGAGCAAUUGGAGCAAUUGGAGCUGCCAGGCAGUGUAAACAGCAAGGGGUUCCUGAGCAAUGAAGUAGCUACAGUAGAGACAUACAACACUGCAGAGUCUAACCACAGUCCAGAGAGCCAAUGGAGUGAUAACUCAGGGUCGGAAAUAGAGCUACGGUUAUACACAGAACUGAGCCCAGGCCUACCAAUGGCUGAAGAUCUCGUCUCUUACACCGACCAUUGGGCUCUGAACAACACACUGAACAACAGCACGACCAGUUAUCUCCAACAGAUCUCUUGCCCACUUUGAGCCAUGCCUGGAUUUCCUGGCCACUGUAAGCCCUGCCUACUCUUUCUCAGACACUGUUCAGAAACAAAAGACUUCACUCUGACUCUACAGUCUAAAAUAUUUCUUUAUUUCGUGACCUCUGAACCUUAAGCUACACCAUCUUUGCCAUUUGACCUCUGCUGUUCUGUGACAGUUGGUGGAUCUCUGAAGUGAUAUAGCAUUUUUGACAGGAAGUUUUUAACCAAGUGUCAUGCUCUACUGUGUUUCUAGUCUUUGUUAAAUCAUUGUGCUCAUAGCUGUAUUGAUGAUUUACAAGAUCCAUAGUUGAUAUGAGGGCACCUAUCCCGUUGCCAGCUCAACACAGAAACUCUCCACUUGGGUGGGCAAAACUAUAUCAGUUUUUUCUGUUUUACUGUGAAAAUAAAAUCCGUUAUUUACACUUGUAUAUAGCUGUAUAUUCCAGGACAAUAAUCAUUCAUAACAAACUAUGGUGAAAAAAUGUCUGUUAAUUUCGGUGAAAAGUCUUAAAGAUGUACUGUUUUGUGUAUUGAAUCUGUAAAUACUGUAUUUGUAUUGAAUAUUUGUGUUGUGGUUUGUUUUAUACAAAAUAAAUAAAAUACCAACUUAUUUUGUAGUG